AUGUCAGCUCCGCGACGACAGACAAUGACACAGGACACUGGCCUGUUCUCCGUGAAGCGCCAGCGAGAGACGCUCGGCGCCGUCUCUCACAAUGCCUCCGCGAUCCCUACGCCGGCGUCUGCCAUGAAACGAUCGAACUCGACCUCGAACUUUGGACCGGCGCCGCACACCACGAACCAUGCGCGCUCGACAUCAGGAUCGCGUAUGUCGCUCGCGCCAGGGCGACCAGCGCAGCCAAUGUUCCAUCGAUCAUCAUCAGGCGACAAUUUGGCAGGAAUGGGAUUCUCGACGGUGCAGCGGCCCAGUACGCAGAACUUCUUCGCGAGCACGGGAGGGAGGAAAAGCUUUGCGCCGGUGACGAGUACACCCGCAAACCCGCUGCAAUUCGAACAGAGCACACAGCGAAGGAGUAGCGUAUACAGCGCGAGACCAUCAGCUGGACUUGGUCCUGCAGGACAUCAGUCUUUCUUUGCCACAGCACCUCCCACGAACGGGCUGCCUACAGACCCACGACGGCUGAAGGAUCCCGGAACGAGGCAGGGCAUGGGACAGGAGCUUAUGGAGUUUCUGACCCAGCGUAACUUCGAGAUGGACGCCAAGCACAGUCUGACACACAAGACGAUGACUUCGCCGACGCAGAAGGAUUUCAACUUGAUGUUUCAGUUCUUGUACCACCAGAUCGACCCCUCUUAUCGUUUCCAGAAGAAUAUCGAUGCUGAAGUGCCGCCUUUGUUAAAGCAGAUGCGGUACCCAUUUGAGAAGAACAUUUCCAAAAGUCAACUUGCGGCGGUGGGAGGACAGAAUUGGAGCACAUUCUUGGGCUUGCUGCACUGGAUGAUGCAGCUUGCCAAGAUGAUGGAGCAGUACAGCACGGGAGUCUACGAUGAUGCAUGUGCGGAAGCUGGAUUCGACAUUAGCGCAGACCGGAUCACCUUUCACUUCUUGUCAGACGCGUACAAAGAGUGGCUAUCGAUCGAGGACGAUGACGAUGAGGAGGAAGAAGCGAAAAGGAGGAUACAGCCGCAUAUCGAUGCCAUGGCGGCCAAGUUUGAGGAGUCGAACGCCGCAAAUCUAGAGCAGGUCAAGCAGCUGGAAGCCGAGAGCAAGGCCUUACAAGAGCAAAUCGAGGAGCUCGGGAAGAGUGCUCCAAGAUUGCAGAAACUGGACGAGACCAUCAAAAUAUUGGAAGAAGAUCGACAGAAGUUUGAGAACUACAACGCCAGUAUGGACGCCAAGGUCGAAAAGUACACCCACCGAGCGGACCUUCUCCAGCAGGAGAUCGAAAGAUGCGAGCAGGAGAUGGCUGAAGCUGAAGCGGACCGACAGGAGUUGCAGCGCAAGGUUGACGAGCAAGGCCUCAGUGUGCAGGACAUCGAUCGCAUGAACACCGAGCGCGAACGACUGCAGAAGGGUGUUGAGAGCACGCAGAUCCGACUUGAGCAGGCAAAGGAAAGGACGAGCAAGAAAGAGAGCGAGACUGGUGCGAAGUUGGAUGAGCUCGAAACAGCUGUGCAAAAGUACAAUUCUUUGGGCUACCAAAUUGGCAUCAUACCUUCAUCAGCACAGAAUGCGAACGGCCACGACUACGAGCUGAAGUUGAACGUCAACUCCGGGCCCGACUUCACACAGUCGCAGAUGGGCGUAUCGAAUCCCCAUUCGCUCUCCAGCUCCGACAGACUCCUCGCGGAUGCCAACAAUGGCUACCAACCACAACAUCUUCUCCCACAUGCAGACCUCAAGACUACCAAGAAGCAGCUCCAAGGCCUUAGAAAGGACAUCUCCGACCGACGAAAUGCUGCACUCGAAGACGACAUGGCCAAGGUUGACAUGCUUGACAAGACACGUGAAGCUCUCGAAGACAAGCACUCCGAGCUCGAGACGUUACGCCACCGUGUCGAGACUGCCCAAGAGGAGUUCGAGAAGAUGCGUGAGAUCUCAUCGGCACAGGGCAUGGCUAGUGAGGCGCAAAUCGAGAAGAUGGAGAAGGAGCUUAACAAGAUGCGCGCGACUCUUGGCGAGAGUGUGCAGCUUAUGGAGCAGAGGGAGAUGACGACGAAUCUCGAAUACGAGCAACUGACCCUCCGUUCCGGCGAGCUUCGUGAAGAACUCCACACCGAGCUGGAGAAGAUUAUUCAAUACAUCAUCAACUUCAAGCUGCACAUUCAGGGCAGCCUCGAGAACUACGAGGAGUUCGUCGCUGCUGAGUGUGAACGUGAGUGGCAAGAACAAGAGGCUGCUGAUGGGCAGAUGGAUGUGGAGCUUGGUGCCGAAGACUUGGUCGACGCCAUGGGGGAGUAA